AUGGAUGACAAAUACACUCCGCACGUAAAUAUCGAAAAAUCGAGCACCCAUCUCACGAACUAUGCUUAUAGUAGCAAGGUCAUGUUAAUCUCCGUCAUUGUACUCUUCGUUUUCUCCGUCACCUUCGCUAUUUUUCACCUCUACUCUCGCUUCGUUCUCCUCCGCCGCUCUCGUAAUCUAAUCCGUCUUCGUCAUCAUCGCACUUCAUUUACCGAUGAUUCGCCGCUCUCUUCUACCGAAAAGGGGCUCGCGCCGUCCAUUUUAAAUUCGCUUUCGACGUUUGUUUUUGUCAACAAGGAUAAUAACGCAUCGCUUGACUGCGCGGUCUGUUUGUCCGAGUUUGAGAAAAAUGAAACGGGUCGGAUCUUGCCCCGGUGUAACCACGGGUUUCAUUUGGAGUGUAUUGACAUGUGGUUUUUGUCGAAUUCGACUUGCCCGUUGUGUAGAGCUCCGGUUCAGUUGUGUCCGGUUUCGGAGCCGGGUCGUAACCGGGUUGAUGUGGUUAUUGAUAUCGAUCGGGUGGGUCCUGACCCGGUUCGGUCCGGUUUGAGCUCAAACCACAGCUGUAAUAGAAUGGUUUAUUCCUCAUCGUCUUCUUCUUUGCCGCAAUUGCUGAAUUGUGCAAGUGUGAAUAGGGGUACUGGGCUGGAUGUAAGGGUCGGGUCGGAUUCUAGAAUAGGGUCUAAACCGAUGGGUCAACCUGCAAGGUCCUUGACCAGGCUCAUGAGCAUUUAA